AUGGACUCCAUCAUUGCUCAGAUCAAAGCCAUCGCUCAAAACACCGAUGAAGCCGGUCGGUUGAACAUCAUUCAGUCACUCAAACGAGUGAAAGUUGAACUUCAAUCUCCACAAGAUACCUUCCUAGAGCUUGCAGUACCGGGACUAACGAGUGCAAUACUCCGAAUCAGUGCAGAUCUGGGACUCCUUCGCUCUCUCGCAGGAACUAAUCAAUCCUUGAAUGUCACACAAAUUGCAGAUCUGACUGGCGCUUCUCCUCCAUUCCUAGAAAGAAUUCUUCGUUACCUAGCUGCAGUGGACAUGAUCAAGGAGACUGGAGUCAAUGAGUACACGGCAAACGGCAUCACUCAUGUUUUGGCUGACCCUAAGGGUGAGGCCAUGAUAUACCACGGAUACGACACGAUUGGACCUGUUAUGCAAGCGAUGCCUGAUUUUUUCGCUGAAAACAACUAUAAAGAUGUCACUGUCAAUACCAACACCCCGUUCCAGAAAGCCCACAACACCAAACUCACAUCAUUCGAGUGGCUUGUCCAGCAACCAAAGCACUUUGAAAACCUGCAAAAGAUCAUGACUGCACUUCAAGGAUCAGAAUGGACCGAGGGGUUUGAUCUUUUCAACGAUGAAGCCCGUAAGAUUCCAUCCAAGGUUUCAUCUACCCCACAGGGUUCAGAGAAACCCUUCUUCGUCGACGUUGGUGGCGGCCAUGGUCACCAAUGUAUCGAGCUUGGAAAGAAGUAUCCCAAUCUCCUAGGUUACCUUGUUCUCCAGGACUUGCCAGAGGCAGUGAAGGAUCUCGCUCCUAUUGAUGGCGUAAAGGCUGAGGCCUAUGACUUUUUCCAACCGCAGCCUAUCAUUGGCGCCAACUUCUACUAUCUCCGCAGAAUCAUGCAUGAUUGGCCCGACGACAAAGCUGCAAUGAUCCUCCGCAAUAUUCGCGGUGCCAUGAGCCCCAACUCGCGGGUCUUGAUCGAUGAUGCCAUCCUGCCAGAUACUGGCGCCAACUGGCAAUCGGCCUUGGCCGAUCUUGCCAUGAUGACCUUUGCUGGUAAAGAGCGGACCAAGAAGCAGUGGGAGGCACUUGCAGAAAGCGCGGGCUUGCGUGUGGAACAGAUUCAUACUUACGUUGCUUCAACUUAUACCGCCAUUCUCGUGUUGGUCGUCCAGUGA